GUGUGUGUGUGAGAGGAGUGGGUGAAGUCGACGUGCUGAGCUGCGGUUCUCAAUCCGGACCUUAUUUCAGUAUUUUCCCGGCGUGUGUUAGUCGCUGCGGUGUGCGUGCGCGCGCGCGGGCUGUACAGAUGUGUUAGAGUUGCCCCUGUGCUGCGCGAGCGUGGUAUUCUGGGGCAGUUAGGCGAAGGCAGUAAUGUCUGGAUGAACAAACUCUCCUACAGCAGGACACAACUUCUCUCAUGAGCGCUUCACUGCCAGCGUAAUGGCGACACAGGCGCAAGUUUUAUACGACUUCUUAGCCGAGCCGGGCAACAAUGAGCUGUCUGUGAGAGAGGGCGAGACCAUCACGAUCACCAACCAGAACAUAGGCGGCGGAUGGAUUGAAGCGCGGAAUAGCAGGGGCGAGGUCGGCCUGGUGCCUGAGGACUAUGUGGAGGUCGGGAAGCCUCAGGUUUUCGCGUCAGGAGGAAACGCGCCAUCGCUCGACCUUUCCUUCUUUGACAGUCAUGCCACAGCGAGUAACACACAAAGCCAGGUGGAAGUAGCUCAGGCUGAAACCCAACCCACCCCCUUGACCCCCAUCACCCCCACCUCCCCGGCCCUGUCCUCCCCUGACGAGACGAGUAACGGGAACGACCCGUGGUCCGUGUUCAACACUAACGCCUCCGGGGGCUUCUCCAAUAACUGGGCCGCUCAGCCUGAGGGCACGGAGACGGGGCAGAGCGGCGGCAACGCGUGGGGCUCUGGUGGACAAGGCCACCCUCACGCCUACCCGGGCCCAGGUGCCGAGGAUGACGAGUGGGACGACGAUUGGGACGACAGGAAGUCCUCGGGCGGCUACGGCGAAGGCGAUACCGGAGAGGGCGGCGGCAUGACCAGAGGAGGAGCUCACGGGUCCUCCAUGAAAAUCACCCUCAACAAAUUCCCGGGAUUCUCCAAAUCGGGCCCCGAGCUGUACCUCCUGUCCAAAACGGGCUCCAAAGGACCCAAGCUAUCCGUCUAUGGUGGCGAGAUCGGCCCGGUGUGGGAGUACACUGAGCCGCAGCUGGACUGCGUUGUAGCAGACCCCAAAAAGGGCUCCAAAAUGUACGGCCUUAAGAGCUACAUCGAGUACCAGGUCACCCCUAAUACUACUAACAAACCUGUCAAUCAUCGAUACAAGCACUUCGAUUGGCUGUACGAGAGACUUCUGGAGAAGUUCGGGUCAGCCAUCCCCAUCCCGUGUCUGCCUGACAAGCAGGUCACAGGACGUUUUGAGGAGGAGUUCAUCAAGAUGCGUAUGGAGAGGCUUCAGGCCUGGAUGUCCAGAAUGUGCCGGCAUCCCGUCAUCUCCAACAGCGAGGUCUUUCAGCUCUUCCUCACCUACAAGGAUGAGAAGGACUGGAAAAUGGGGAAGAGAAAAGCAGAGAAGGACGAGACGGUCGGGGUGAUGAUCUUCUCCACGAUAGAGCCUGAGGGACUGCCGGACCUGGAGCUCCACGAAGUCGAGCAGAAGUGUGAGCAGUUCAGCCGCUUCACCAAGUCAAUGGACGACGGAGUGAAGGACCUGCUGACUGUCGGAAACGAGCACUGGAAGCGCUGUACAGGCCCUCUGCCGAAGGAGUACCAGCGGAUCGGAAAAGCUUUCCAGAACCUCUCGGCCGUCUUCAACAGCAGUGGAUAUGAAGGAGAAUCCACGCUGACUGACGCCCUCACAGCAGCGGGGAAGACCUACGAGGAGAUCGCUCAGAUCGUGGCUGAGCAGCCUAAAAAAGAUCUUCACUUCCUCAUGGAGACCAACAACGAGUACAAAGGGGUUCUGGGCUGCUUCCCCGACACCAUCGGCGUUCACAAGGCCGCCAUAGAGAAGGUGAAGGAAGCGGACAAACUGGUGGCCGCCAGUAAGAUCACCUCUGGAGAGAAAGUCACUAUGGCCAAGCGAGCCAGCACCAUGUCUUACUCGUUACAAGCGGAGAUGAACCAUUUCCAUAGUAACCGGAUCUAUGACUACAACAGAGUGAUGCAGCAGUACCUGGAGCAGCAAGUCAAGUUUUACGAGACGAUUGCUGAGAAGCUGAGACAGGCUCACGGUCAGUUCACUACCAUGUAAAGAAGAGGAAUGCACUGCAUCGCUCACACACAGGCCUCUCUCUCUCUCUCUCUCUCUCUCUCUUUGUUCUUCUUUAGCUUCUUUAUUUGUCUGUGACCUCAGUGCCAUAUCUGAUGUUAAUCUCAGACCAAAGGAGGUUUAGUAAAAUAUCACGUCCUUCUUUUCAGCAGCAAACAUCUGCAUGUUGUUUUUUUUUUCUUCUUCUUCUUUAUCUUAAUCUUCGUCCGGAAGGAGCACGUGUGACCUGGUGUGUGUCUCCUUAUUGCUAAUCCAGUCCAGUGAGGUUAGAGACGUUUGUGCCAGUAGGAGGGUCAGGCUGAUUCGGGUGCCACUAAUCAUUCGAUCGUUUACUUUUUUCACGAAACUCGUUUGAGCCAAUCAGCAGCCAGGAGACGAUCAUGAAAUCGGGGAAACUGAAUCCGGUGGAAUUAAUCACGGGAAACGAUCCUGGCUGACAGAGUCUAAAGUUAUUAUUGUUUUUUAGUUCAGCCUCUAUUGUGUCUGUUUAAAUCCUUACAAGCAGUCUCGGCAUGCUGGAUCACAACGUCACGUGAGGUUUAAUAACUGAGUAAAUGUACGAUCGAUCGAGUUCUCCGAAGGAGUCGUGCUGCUGCGACAGCCAUGUUGUUUCAGUGUCAUUUCCUGAUCUCGCUCUUCCUGAAUGCUCGAGUUAGAAAAACAAGUUCUGUUUAAGGAUGUGUAAAAUAUUUAAACUAAUUAAAAAAGGUGCGAAUGAGGGAAGUUGUUUUGAAAAUCGCCAUUGUGUGAUAGAACCUAAAAUAACCUGACGUUUCAUUUAAAUGGUUCAUGGUUCUGUAUGACGAGACUAACACGUGGUACACAGGUAUAAAAGUAAAAACGCCCUUUAUAUAUAUAUAUAUAUAUAUAUAUAUAUAUAUAAAAACGUGAUGUAGACAGUGAUGGGAAUGUUUGAGCAAUAAUAAUAAUAAUAAUAAUAUACCGUAUGGUAAAAUCUUAAGAUGAAAAUGGUUGUUUUUUUAUGAUGUAGGACCUUAAAGUGUUGGCCGACUUUCUUAACACCAGAAUUGAUUACAAUUGAAUUAAGUUUUAAAACUUUUUUUUUUCCCCUCCCUCCAAAAAUAAAUCUUCCAGUGGCACAAAUGUCCCCAUGUCUCAGGACUGCGAUUCGUCUAUAAAAAAACAAAAAAAACAGACGACACAAACGAGUGUCUUAUACACUUUUCUUUUUUUACCUUCAGUGUCUCUUUUAUUUUUGUUAGUUUUUGUCCGUUUGGGAGCCGCAGAGGUCCGUCCUCGUCCCUGUGCCUUUAUGUGCUGAGGAACUUCAGCGUGCCUCAUGUGCAAUGCACUUUCCUUUCACAGUGCCAAAAUACAACAAUGUGUAGAACCUUGUGUAUUAUCUCUUUCCUCUCCGCACACACACACACACACACUUAUAUACCUGAUCAUGAGUCUGGGUUUUGAGCAUCUUAAAGGAGGGCUGGUCCUUUUUGCACGGUUUUUAUCCGCCAUCAUGCAAAAGCUUUUUUGAUUUUUUGUUUUUUCCUCCAAAGAAAUCAUCUUUUCUUUCCCUCGUGCACUUCUCUUCCUCCUCACACCAGCGUGUAAUAUAUAUAUACACACACACAUCUAUAAAUAUAUAAAUAUAUAUACACGUUAAGCCAUGCAUGUGCUUCAUUUCAUGUUCAUUUUAUGUAUAGCGAUGUCUGCAAUGUUAUUUGCAUCAUGAAUUAUAUAUAUAUAAAAAAUAAAAAGCCACGAAAGUAAUUCUGAUACGAUUUAAUAAACUUUGAUUUAUAUUC